UGCCCAGGCUGCUUCAUGUCCCUCGGUCUUGGCCAUAUUCCGUUUCCGUUUUGGCGGCGCUCCAGCCGCCCGCCCGAAUAUUACUCAGUCGCCAUUUCACUUAAGAUUCCGGCUGGCCAAGUGCACUUGUGGCUGUUGUCUGCCGCGUAUUUAGCAUAAAAGGUAGCGCCAUGUCUUCCGCAUGGUCUUCGGGGGCUUUUGAUGUCUGCCAUUGUUGAUAUUUUGCAUCAAAAUUCGGACAGGGGUGGGGACGGAUCCCAAGCGGAAGUGGCGACAUUUUUGGAUGUCACUCGGUAUUUUGAGGUCGCCGCAAAGUGCGCAGCGAAAUUUGCAUAAUUCCAGCAAUAGAACGGGGAUGGAAAGGGAGGAAAUGCGGUCUGGGAUGGAUGCCCCGUCUCGGGUUGCUAUGCAAAUGAGAACAAGAUGCGUGUGCCAUUUGGUGGGGCCGUCAUCGUGCGUCAGAUCCCUCUAAAUAUGAUUUGAGUUCCCGGGUUAAAGUGAUAUCCAAGUGGGCGACGGCUGGUGACAAGCCCAUAUCACAACACACACAAACACAAUUCGAGACGCUGAGCAAUGACUAGCCCGAGGAGCCGGAAAGGCCCCACACAGAGGGAGAAGGACGAGCUGGAUUGCGUGACCGGCGAUGCCAGGGAGGAGCAAAUAUCCCGGAUACCCCGCGAGCUGGACAACUUCUGGCGCAUGGACCCGCGCUUUCCCACUGGCCUGCACAACGGCCACGCCUGCCUCGGCUCGAAUCUUAUAAACAAAUCGCUGGGCUUCAGCGACUACGAGCGGCGGGUGCUCUCCAUCCACGGCAUGCUGCCGGUGGCGGUGCGCACCAUGGACGAGCAGGUGGUCGCCUGCAAGAUGGUGCUCGACCAGAUGACCACCCGCACGCAGAAGUACAUGUAUCUGCACAAUCUUGAGUGCACCAAUCGGCGGCUUUUCUACCGCCUGCUGCAGAGCGACUGGGACACCUAUAUGCCCGUGCUGGACAGCUCGCAUUCGGACUUUCUGAUCAAGAACUUCAGCCUGUUUUACCAUCGUCCCCAGGGCAUGUACAUAACAAUCAAGGAUCUGGGUCACGUGGGUCAGGUGCUCAGGAAUUGGCCCCGUCGCGCCGUUCGCUGUGUGCUGGUCACCAACGGCGCUUGCCUUCUCAGCGUCGGCGACUUCGGGAUCAAUGCAAUGGCCAAUAUAAUGUCCAAGCUACAUCAGAACGUCGUCUUGGGGGGCAUUCAUCCGGACUUCUGUCUGCCCCUGGUGCUGGACGUGGGCACCGACAACGAGGACCUGCUCCAGGAUCCCCUCUACAUGGGUCUGCGGGAGCAUCGUACGUCCCGCUCAAACUUCCACGCGCUCUUCGACGAAUUCGCCCUCUCCGUGCUGCAGCAGUUCGGCCCUCGGACCAUCAUCUUGUGCAAGAACUUUGACGCCCACAAUGCCAUCCACCAGCUGAAGAAGUAUAGAGAUCUGCAGUGCUUGGUGGACAUAGAAUUCCAGUGCCAGGGGGCCUGCGGUCUGUCCGGCGUGAUUGUGGCUAAUCGCCUAAAGAGAAUGGAGUUCAAGAGCAACACGUUCCUAUUCUACGGCACCAAUCCCAUGAACAUUGGCAUGGCCCGCCUCUGCCUCGUCUUUUUCAAGCAGGAAGGCCUCAUCGAGGACGCAGCCCAUCAGCGCAUCUGGUUCUUCGAUGAAAAGGGACUGGUUGUGGGCAAUCGACAAGGCCCGCACAUACCAGAGGUGCUGCAGGAGUUUGUCAAUUAUGGAGAUCCGACCGAUGAUCUGGCGAUGGCAAUCGACCUGAUCCGACCCAAUGUCCUGGUCGGUGCCGGCUCCCAGCCAAAUGCCUUCACCAAGGACGUACUUCGCGCCAUGGAGCGGAGCGCCGAGCAGCCCAUCAUCUUUGCCAUGUCGCGGCCCAUCGAAAAUGCCGAGUGUUCCGCAGAGGAUGCCUUCACCUACACCAAGGGUCGCUGCAUCUUCAUCUCGGGCUCGUCGAUUCCGCGUGUGAAGUAUGCCAACAAAUGGUAUCAGCCGGGACGCAGCAACAGCGUCUACCUUCAGCCGGGCAUUUCGCAGGGCAUCCUGCUCUCGGGGAUGAACAACGUGCCGGAUGAGACCUUCCUUGUGGCCGCCGAGCGCCUGGCCUGCCUCGUCUGGCCAGACGACCUGGCCCAGCGCAAUGUCUAUCCACCGAUGCGGAAGGUCCAGUGCAUCAAUCAGCGCAUCGCCGAAGCCGUAUUCGCCUACGCCUUCCGGAAGGGCCUGGCCACGCUCUUUCCGGAGCCGGACAAUCCCACCGAGUACAUCAAGAGAAACGCGUACGACUCCAGCUAUCGGACGGUGGCCAGCAAAGUGUACUGCAUGGAGGAGAGUGUAAUUGCCACAACCGAAUCCCAGAAGUACUACAAGCACAAAAUAUAGAUCGAGCAAACGGCUGUAUGCCUACAAUGAAA